CCCCCGUGCCGCGCGCGCUCCCGAGGGCCGGGGGCGGGGCGGCCGGGGCGGCGGCGGCGGCGGGGGGCGCCCGCUCCUCCCCCCGCGGGCGGCAGGGCGGUAGGCGCCGAGCCCCCUGCGCGCGGCACAUGGGGCGCCUGACGGAGGCGGCGGCAGCGGGCGGCGGCGCUUCAGCGGCGCGCUCGGCGGGGCCCCCUCCCACUCCCCUUCCCCUGUCUUCCACCUCCCCCGGGUGCACGGCCACCAUGGCGUCCAGCGAGGAGGACGGCGCCAACGGCGGCGCCUCGGAGGCCGGCGAGGAGCGGGAGGCCCCCGGCAAGAGGAGGCGCCUCGGCUUGCUGGCCACCGUCUGGCUCACCUUCUACAACAUCGCCAUGACCGCGGGGUGGUUGGUUCUAGCUAUUGCCAUGGUACGUUUUUAUAUGGAAAAAGGAACACACAAAGGUUUAUAUAAAAGUAUUCAGAAGACGCUUAAAUUUUUCCAGACAUUUGCCUUGCUUGAGAUAGUCCACUGUUUAAUUGGAAUUGUACCUACUUCUGUGAUUGUGGCUGGGGUCCAAGUGAGUUCAAGAAUCUUUAUGGUGUGGCUCAUUACUCACAGUAUAAAACCGAUCCAGAAUGAGGAGAGCGUGGUGCUUUUUCUGGUCGCGUGGACUGUGACAGAGAUCACUCGCUAUUCCUUCUACACAUUCAGUCUUCUCGACCACUUGCCAUACUUCAUUAAAUGGGCCAGAUACAAUUUUUUUAUCAUCUUAUACCCUGUUGGAGUUGCUGGUGAACUUCUUACAAUAUAUGCUGCCUUACCCUACGUGAAGAAGACAGGAAUGUUUUCAAUAAGACUUCCUAAUAAAUACAAUGUCUCUUUUGACUACUAUUAUUUUCUUCUUAUAACCAUGGCCUCAUAUAUACCACUGUUUCCACAACUCUAUUUUCACAUGUUACGCCAAAGAAGAAAGGUGCUUCAUGGAGAGGUGAUUGUAGAAAAGGAUGAUUAAGUGAUCCCUGCAAACAAGGUGCUUUUUCCAGAAUAACCCGGAUUACUUGAGUCCAAGUUUUAAUAACAAGAAUAAACAACUUUAUGAAAUAUUA